CCCAUUAAAGCACCUGGAUGAAGCAGUGAUUCACACCCUUUUCUAAACCCCUACAGCACGCCAAGCGUACCCCCGUUAGAACGCAGACCAAUCCAUUUCAGAUGUAUCAAGGAGCCAGGUUUCCCCCAGGAGACUGUAAACCCUGAGCGAUCAUCAGUCAUUUCUGGGUCUUGGAGGCCCAGCACCAGGAGCAGGCCCAAGUAGAGGUGCACGGGCCCUGGAUAAGAAGUUAGAGGUUAAGACCUGGGCCCUCUUCCUAGAUGCACUGACAAUUCAUUCUUCACGAUUCUGUUUUAGUUUCCUUUGUAAAAGGGAGAUAGGGGUAGCUUUCCUUCAUAGGGUGUUAAGGAUUAAGAGAUAAUGCAUGGCUAGCCCUCAGCCCAGUGCUCAGUACACCAUAGUUGCCCAAUAAAUGCUUAUUGUUAGCAUCAUGGUGCUUGCAUACCUGACCCCUCCACUACCAGUACCAAACACAUGCCCACUGUCAUGAUGGAGGGUGAGGGAUCGGUGACCCACUCUGGCCCACAGCUGGAGUUUCUGAGAUGCUCGGGACUGCCCAAGCUCUAGAUCCUGCUCUCAGGCAACCUGAGUAUGCCCAGGGGGCCCGCCCCUGAGUCCAGAUGACACUCAUGCCGAUGGCUUCAGUGAUGGCGGUGACUGAACCCAAGUGGGUCUCCGUGUGGGGCCGCUUCCUGUGGGUGCUGCUGCUGAGCAUGGUGCUAGGGUCCCUGCUGGCACUGCUGCUGCCACUGGGGCCCAUAGAAGAGCAGUGUUUGACUGUGCUCAAAGGCUUCUACCUGCUCAGGAGCAAGCUGGACAGGGUACAGCAUGCCGUCACCAAGUGUACCAGCCCGUCCACAGAGCUCAGUGUCACCUCCAGCGAUGCAGCGCUGCUGGCGGUCAAGACCAAGGCCUCUCCAGCUGGGAAGUUGGAAGCCAGAGCAGCUCUGAACCAAGCCCUGGAAAUGAAACGCCAGGGCAAGCGGGGAAAAGCCCACAAGCUCUUCCUGCACGCCCUCAAAAUGGACCCGGACUUCGUCGACGCACUCAACGAGUUUGGCAUCUUUUCUGAAGAGGACAAGGACAUCAUCCAGGCAGAUUACUUGUACACCAGAGCGCUGACCAUCUCGCCCUACCACGAGAAAGCGCUGGUCAACCGGGACCGGACACUGCCGCUGGUGGAGGAGAUCGACCAGAGGUAUUUCAGCAUCAUCGACAGCAAAGUGAAGAAAGUCAUGGCCAUCCCCAAGGGCAACUCCGCACUGCGCAGGGUCAUGGAGGAAACCUACUACCAUCACAUCUACCACACGGUUGCGAUCGAGGGCAACACCCUCACCCUCUCGGAAAUCAGGCACAUCCUCGAGACCCGCUAUGCCGUGCCGGGGAAAAGCCUGGAGGAGCAGAACGAGGUCAUCGGCAUGCACGCGGCCAUGACGUACAUCAACACCACGCUGCUGUCCCGCAUCGGGUCUGUGGCCAUCGGUGACGUGCUGGAGAUCCACAGGCGGGUGCUGGGCUACGUGGAUCCCGUGGAAGCCGGCAGGUUUCGGACGACACAGGUCCUCGUGGGCCACCACAUCCCUCCCCAUCCUCAAGAUGUGGAAAAGCAGAUGGAGGAGUUCAUACAGUGGCUCAACUCUGAGGACGCCAUGAACCUGCACCCGGUGGAGUUUGCGGCCCUGGCCCAUUACAAACUGGUUUACAUCCACCCUUUCAUCGACGGCAACGGCAGGACCUCGCGCCUGCUCAUGAACCUCAUCCUGAUGCAGGCGGGCUACCCCCCCAUCACCAUCCGCAAGGAGCAGAGGGCCGAGUACUACCACGUACUGGAAGUUGCCAAUGAAGGCGACGUGCGCCCGUUCAUCCGCUUCAUCGCCAAAUGUACAGAGACCACUCUGGACACCCUGCUCUUUGCCACAACUGAGUAUCCGGUGGCGCUGCCAGAGGCCAAUCCCAACCACUCCGGGUUUAAGGAGACCCUGCCUGUGAGGCCCUAACCCCGGAGAACCUCCCUUGGGGCCAAGGGAUGUCCCGGUGGGUGGAAAGCAACACUUAGCAUUUCUGGAAACCUAGUCGUCUCCCAGAGCACAAGGAGACAGAUCAGGAACUUAAGCAUUCUUUACCUCCAGACGUUUUAGUUAAGAAAGAAAAAAAACUAAAUUAUUAAGCCCUGUCUUUAAGGUAACUUAUAAUUCAGCCCAAGUUAUUUAUUUUCUUCUGAGCUCGUCGGUGGUGUGUGGAGUCCGCCGGCUGUGCUAGUGGCCCCGGCAGGCUCGGGGGGCGCCGAUGCUGCUCGUGGGACCGGAACGUGGGUUCUGGAGCAGAAUCUGCACGCGGGUGGGGCGAGGCUGGGAGUGUGGAACGAGGUCUGGGGUCACAGGAGUAAGGCCUCCAAGUGUUUCUGUGAAACCGGCCGAGAGGCCCUGUGGCUUCCCCUGCAAGCGCUCCUGGGGCGAACCCGGCCCCGGUCUUGAGAAGCCAUGGAAAGCUUUCUUGCUGAGAGAGUUUUGCUCCCCCUACGAAGAGAUUGGCGUUCUGACUAAUUCUCACUAGUAGGGCAGACUUUUGAGAUACGAAAUAAAAUGCUGACAACAUUUCUAGUUAGAUCCUUGCUUAUUUCAAAGAAGUCUCUGAGUCCUAGAUGCCUUGCAAACUCGAGUCCCAGAGGCUGACUUGGCCCUACCAAGACUACUUUUCUAGUUCAGAAGAGGGGAGUGGCCAGCUUGGUUUUCUGUGUGUGUGAAUGUUUCUCACACUUCAUUUGUGGCAACUCGGACCAGAGGUUUCAGUCUUAGAAGUUCUGAGUUUGUCACUCGGCGGAGUCAUGGUGCGGGUCAGGCAUCGUCCAUGUGGCCAAGUCUGACUGAGUGUAGCACCUUCUGUAGGCAGAGACUCAAGGACACAUCUGAGAAACCAGAUGCCACGUCAACACCAAGUACGCAUUUCUGAUGAUGAACUGGAGUUUCUACAACCAAGGAAAAACCCUUAACCUGAAUCUGUGAUUCUUCUGUCAUGUAGUUUUACCCACUUACUCACCUGACCUCUGCCCCCCACAGCCAUUGUCCUGUCCAGCUUCCCCUCCGGGAAGCAAAAGGGAUUGUCUUCGAGUGGCCUUAUUUUUCUAGGAACUUGUAAAAUGAUUAGAUGUAUCACACAGCCAGGUUUCCCAGGCAUCAGUCUAUGGAAGAAUCUUCUCUACCGAUAAUAAACGGCAGAGACACCAAUAUGACUGCUGCUGUGCUCCUCAGAGGCAAAGGGCUGCGGGUCUCCCUCCCAGUGACGGAGCCCAGGAUGUCUGUCACCGUAGUGCACUUUGUCAGGGUCCAAAUGACGUGAAUACGCACAUAGUGUGGCCUCUGGCUUGGGAAAUCACAGCCUGAUGGUAGAGAGAUCACUAUUCUGAAGUAGCAAGUGUUUGUGUAAUUAAUUACCUGUGUAAUGAACACAGGCUAGCUUUCUGAAGGAUGAAGAGAGACGUAUGAAGUGGCCCUGAGUGACAGUCAAACCUUUGCCAAAAAUUCUCCAUGCCUGUAUGCUUCCACGAGCUAGCUCUUCGGCCUGCACUCUUCUGUCGUCUGGAUUUUCUAGGCUCACCAAGGAAGCCCGACAGCAGGGCGCGCCCUGGACUAGAGAGACACGUGCACUUUAGCUCUGUUGUGAGGAUGUUAUUUUAACAGAUUACUGACUCUAAUAAAGUAUUUUAUGACAUAAA